GAAAAGAAUACGCAGUAGAGGAUUUUUUUUCCAUUAGGAAGUCCCUUAUCGAAAACUUCUGAGUCGAUACCCAAUUUCCGUCUUUUCGCGUCUGCUGUCCCGCCGGAAAGGAUACCGUGUGCCGUCCGUUUGUGAUCGAUUGUAAGAGGUGCAAACCCCGAAAUUUGCCUGAUUCUGGCUGUUCAAGAUCAUCCCGGGAUACGCGCUGGAAAAAGUGGUCUUCCUGCUCGUCUGCAUCCGUCGCAGUGUGGUGCGAAGAAGUAUAGUGGUAAAAAUUUGUUCGUAAAAAAGCUAUCGUGUUGUAAGAAGGAAGAUUCGCGUUUUCCCUCCUGUCACCGACCGAGGUGGCCAGUUUAAUCAGGAGCCGUCCCUCCGCAAGCGUUUUCCAAUUAUUGUUCUUCCGUGGCAAAUUGCAAUUUGCAAACAAAAAAGCAUCCAACGGGAGGGUAACCUUCGUCGCGAGUGUUUUGAUUGUCGGGGAGGAAAGUAAUUCCCAAAAAUUUAGGUGAGCACAAAAAGUAGGUCCGGAUCCCCGAAGGAAAAAGCAAAAUCGUAUCGUGUCUGUGUGUUUGUGCUUCCCAGUAAGUGGUUUUCGCUGUCAAGACUCAUAUUCCGCUGCUGCUGGAUCCCCUGCGGAAAAGUGUCCGGCCAAGCACGGCAACGGCAUCCCCUGGAAGUAGAUGAAGGAACCAUCUACUCUGCCGCUCAAAGUACGUUCGGAAGCAACCAGCCGCAGCUGCACCCGUCAGCGUCGCGCCGCGUUCCCGCCCAGGCAGUUGGCAGCAAUUGCAGUAGAGUACCCCACCGGUCAGCCACAGCAGCAGCAGCAAGCCCCCCGUCAGCUACUGCCGGUUCGACGCAGUCCGAGGCCGCUCGUGUGGUUCCGUGUUAGCACAAUCCGGAGACAACGCCGCCGAAGAAGAUGUCUCGCAACAAAGACAAAUACGAUAACAAUCGGCGGCAGCAGACCUUCCUCUCGGCGGAGGAUAUUGCAGCCGGAAAGAAAACCAUGUGGCACGGCGUCGAGAUAACCGGCAGCGUUCGGAACCUCAGUCCGACGCUGUGGAAGUUUGAGCACCUGACGGCGCUAUACCUCAACGAUAACUGUCUGAUGCGGCUUCCCCACCAAAUCGGUCUGUUGAUCAAUUUACGCAUGCUAGACCUGUCCAGCAACAAGUUACGUAGUCUGCCGGCGGAGCUGGGUGAGCUGAUUCAUCUGAGGGAGCUGCUAUUGAACAACAACCUGCUGCGUGUGCUUCCGUACGAGCUAGGCAAACUUUUUCAUCUGCAUGUGCUUGGCCUGCAUGGGAACCAGCUCGGAAAGGAUGUGAUGUCGAUCUACAACGAGCCCAACGGAACGCAGAAGCUGCUCACGUACAUGCUCGAUAAUCUGUCAGUUACCGUAGCUCCACCACCGCAACGUCCCUGGAUUCCUUUAGCGAGACCAAACCGGUCCAGGGGUGCAUGUAUAUUCACCGUCAUGUGCUAUAAUGUACUCUGCGAUAAGUACGCUACCAGGCAGAUGUACGGUUACUGUCCCAGCUGGGCUCUGAGCUGGGAGUAUCGGAAAAAGGCAAUUUUGGACGAAAUCCGACAUUACUCGGCGGACAUCAUCAGCCUGCAGGAAGUAGAAACGGACCAGUUUUUCAACUUCUUUAAACCGGAACUAAAGAACGACGGCUACGAGGGUAUCUUCUCGCCGAAAUCCCGUGCUAAAACGAUGUCCGAGGUAGAUCGAAAAUACGUCGACGGUUGUGCCAUCUUCUUCCGAUCGUCCAAAUUUUCGCUCAUCAAGGAGCACCUUGUCGAAUUCAACCAGCUGGCAAUGGCGAAUUCCGAGGGUUCGGAUAACAUGCUGAAUCGAGUGAUGCCGAAGGAUAACAUCGGCCUGGCAGCGCUACUCAAGGUGAAAGAAAGUGCAUGGGAGGGGAUUUCUCCGGAACAGGCGGCGACCUCGCAACCAAUUCUCGUAUGUACCGCCCACAUUCACUGGGAUCCGGAGUUUUGCGACGUCAAGCUUAUCCAGACGAUGAUGCUGAGCAACGAAAUUAAAACGAUACUGGACGAGGCGGGCCACAGUUUCCGGCCAGGUCACAAGUUUGACGUGAACAAUGUACAACUAGUGCUGUGUGGCGAUUUCAACUCGCUGCCGGAUUCGGGAGUAAUCGAGUUUCUCAGUGCUGGACGUGUAUCAAUGGACCAUCAAGAUUUCAAGGAGCUGGGCUACAAAUCCUGCCUGCAGCGUAUAUCAAAUUGUGAUACACCAAAUGAAUUUACUCAUUCCUUUAAGCUAGCGUCUGCGUACAGUGAAGAUAUAAUGCCAUAUACAAAUUAUACAUUCGAUUUUAAAGGUAUUAUUGAUUAUAUAUUUUACUCGAAGCAAGGUAUGAUCCCGUUGGGAUUGCUCGGGCCAAUAUCAGCCGACUGGCUAAGGGAGAACAAAGUGGCCGGUUGUCCCCAUCCGCACAUACCGUCGGACCACUUUCCGCUGCUGGUGGAACUGGAGCUAAUCCACAUUUCUAGUACUCAAACCCCGAACGGUCUCAUUGGUCGGAGGUAGCAAUAAAACUUACGCUCGACAUGCAACAAAACAGCUAAGACAAAAACCACCACAAAGCUACAGUUACAGUAACAAUAAUCAUCACCAGACGACGACGAUGCCGAGGACAGAAACAGGAUGCAGCAGGUUUAACAACAACAACAACUACUACUACAACAGAUACAUGCGAUCCGCUGGUAGGGAAGCUGAAAACAACAACAGCAUGAUUACUACUAAUACUAUUACAACUACGUCUGUCGCCAAUGGCUCCAUAGCAUCCCCUGGGGAGCGUAGCAUCGAUACCAAAUCGACUUUGAGUACACGGUCUACCGCUGCCACUAACAGCAGCGGAAAAACGCGAAUUCGCUAUCACUAUCGCUAUAAGCUUCCAGGCAAGUCUACUUCAACCAAGUAUACUAGAAAAAGGCAACCCUAGUAGGAAUAAUAACAACAGUUGCAACAACAAUAACAAAAACAACUGCUACCGAAAGCCAAAUAACAAAACCUAGGAUUUUAAUAGCAAUCCGGACUCCCACCCCGUUUUUUAAACAAAGAAAUAAUGCAAUAAGAAAUAAGAAAGCAGAGCCACAAGAAAAAAGCGAUAGAGAGAGGUUCGAAUCUCAGCUAAAUACCAACAGAGAAACCAUAUAGAAACAAUAAAGCAAAUACUAAUGACAGGACACAAAAAAAACAGCUACUUAGGAUGCCAAAAAGUGCAACUAAUAGAGAGCCCCGGUAGUAAAUGAUCCCGUGUAGUUUAUUUUUCAGUCUUUCAAGAACAUGUGUCUCUCCUGUGAUGUGAUUAUACUUUGUCCCCCCCCCCCCCACCACUUUUUUAAUUUUAUAUUAAAGAAUGUACAACUCUAGAAAGCAAACGGAAAUCAAUUUUCGGAGCACGUACGUCAUCAUCUGGAAACUCGCAAUCGUCCCCCCAAUAGAACUAUCCCGAAGAAAAACAGCAGUCCAUAUCACCCACAAUAUAGUUUACAAAUAAGUCACUUUUUCAUAUUAGAUAUAUUUCUCUCUUGCUCUGGUUAGCUAGUGUGAUAUUUAAACAGAUUUGUUUACCUCUCUUUUCCUCGCAAAGAAACAGCUCAACAGAGCGUUUGAAGGUCUUUUUCAGCGACAGUUUGAUAUUUUUUCCAAUCCCGCGUAGUUUUUCUUUCGUUUUUUUACCUAACCACCCUCGUCGCCGCCGGCUUUCGAAUUUAAGCUUAGCGUUUUGCGUUGUUUUUUUUAGAAACCGCUUUAUUGUGUAGGAUUUGUUCUAUUUUGCGUUUAAGAUGGCGUUAAAGCAAAGUAUCUAUCGAGAUCUAGCUUGUAAGAUUGUAAUUGUAAAAUCAAAUCUAGAACCAACAAAACAUAGCGAAGUGAAAACCAGUCUAGGAAAAAAGGAUGUCACUAGGAACCGAAUAUUGAUGGAAAGAAGAAAAAAGUAACAAAGAAAAAAAACACUUAAAAGCAUUUUAUUAGUUAUUUUUAAAGGUUGAGCGAUGCAAUGAAGGGGGCAAUUUGCCGCUGCUAAAACAUUUUCUUCACUUUACCUCUCGCUUGUUGUACCUACCAAUGUUGGUGUAAAUUUUCAAACAAAUGCAGCUUUCCAGAUACAAGACCAUCGCGGUGUGGCGCGGUGGGAACUAUGCUGCAGUAUUGCUUCUAAAAUGCACUGUGUAGCUUUCUUUGUCACAAUUGUUGUGCACAAUAGUAUGUAUUCUGCACAUUACUUACUUGACUUUUUUGGCAACAAUCCGCUUAUCGAGGGCCGAAUUUAGGAGGUUGGGAGGAUGUGUCGCAAAGUGAACAUUUGAACUGUCGUGGAGCGUCCCUCUCAAAAAUCGCUGGUAUUCGCCGAUAAAGGUUUCCUACAACGGCCUCAGUCUCCGAAACGGGAUACGGAAGAGCAUUUCGUAUGUAGGUAAUGCCUCGGUAAUAAUUGCUGUAUUCGAUUCGAUGGCCCUUUUUGUAAAUAGGGCUAUUAAACGACGGUACUGCUUAUUGAAAAAAGGAGUAAACUUUUUCGACCAAAUUUCCUGAAAAAACUCACUUUUUGCAGCCAAAUCUAAAUCGGUCAGCUUUUUGGUACAAAAGAAAUAUGAAAAUAUCUGAAAUAACUCAACAUCUGAUGAUAAAAAAGAUUCUCUUUAUUCUCGAAAACAGUAAAUAUGUUUUAAACCCUUUAUAAGGC